AGCAGCAACAGCAGCAGCAACAACACCUGCAGCAACAGCAGCAGCAACAGCAGCAACAACACCUGCAACAACACCUGCAGCAGCAGCAACAACAGCUGCAACAGCAGCAAGCAGCAGCAGCAACAGCAGCAACACCAGCAGCAGCAACACCUGCAACAGCAGCAGCAACACCUGCAACAGCAGCAGCAACACCUGCAACAGCAGCAGCAACACCUGCAACAGCAGCAGCAACAGCAGCAGCAACAACACCUGCAGCAACAGCAGCAGCAACAGCAGCAACAACACCUGCAACAACACCUGCAGCAGCAGCAACAACAGCUGCAACAGCAGCAACAGCAGCAGCAGCAACAGCAGCAACACCAGCAGCAGCAACACCUGCAACAGCAGCAGCAACACCUGCAACAGCAGCAGCAACACCUGCAACAGCAGCAGCAACACCUGCAACAGCAGCAGCAACAGCAGCAGCAACAACACCUGCAGCAACAGCAGCAGCAACAGCAGCAACAACACCUGCAACAACACCUGCAACAACAGCUGCAACAGCAGCAGCAACACCUGCAACAGCAGCAGCAACAGCAGCAGCAACAGCAGCAGCAACAACAGCAGCAACAGCAGCAGCAACAACACCUGCAGCAACAGCAACAGCAGCAACAACACCUGCUCCAACAGCAGCAACAACACCUGCUCCAACAGCAGCAACAACACCUGCUCCAACAGCAGCAACAACACCUCAAGAACAACAACACCUGCUCCGACAACGACGACAGCAAGAACAACAACACCUGCUCCGACAACAACAACUACAACAACAACAACAACAACAACACCUGCUCCAACAACAACAACUACAACAACAACAAUUCAACAACUCCCAUGGCAGACCUCCCACAGAACAGUGCCGUUGCUCAAACCUUAGUAGAAGCUGUGAAUAAUACCAACAAUAGCUUCAAUGUGAGCAUAAAUCCCAACACAGUCCUAGCAGUAGCGGGUCCAGUUCCGUCUACAACUACUGUGCCUACAGCUGCUGCACCUACAACUACUGCAUCUACAACUGUAGCACUCAUUACAUCAAGGGUGACUUUCAGAUCUGUUCAAAGCACCUUUACAAGUGACUUGAACAAUCCAUCAUCUGCAGCUUUUAUAGUUCGAGCUUCUAUGAUAAAGACACAGCUUGAACCUGUGUUCCAAAGGGCUUUCUCUUCCUCCUUCAACUCCUUGGACGUGGUAUCAUUCAGAAAUGGCUCAAUCAUCAACGAAAUGAAUGUUCGCUUUGCAAGCACAUUUGUUCCUAAUAACACUCAGAUUGCAAGUGUUUUGAUCAGUGCUGCUUCAACCGUUACCGGCUUUGACAUUGAAGGCAGCUCAAUCAACGUGAAUGGCACACCAUCAAGUGGAGUAAGCCACAAGAUCAGUUUCAUUACCGCAUCCUGCCUGGUACUGUUGUCAUGGAUUCUGUCAAGCCAGCGAUAGCAUCAGUAUUAAUUUCUAUUUGAAUUGCCAUCAGAACAUGACUGCCAUUACUGGUAUGAAAAAGGACUUUGUCGACAGUAAAAAUCCAACGUUCAUGAUUGUCUUCGGUCUUGUAGAUCAUUAGAGUAUAAGCUAAACAAAACUUUCUUUCUCUAAAUCACUGCAAUGUCACUAAAUAAUGUCACUAUUUUACUAUUUCUGUAAAUUGUAAUGUCAGUUUGUCUUGCUUUUCUGAGCACUGUGUUAUUAACUUUGUGUCAGCUACUAAAAGAGGGACUUUGUUGCUUGUAAAAGUCUAAGAACAUGCAAAUUGAGAAAUCUGAAUGUUAGAUUUCAAACUGGACUGUUUAUCAAGGUUUUAAAUUUUAUAAGCAAACAUUAUUAAAAAUUUUGUUUUACUUUAAUGUAAAAUGUCUGUAGUUUCCAAAUACAUGUAUAAUUCAGUUUAGGUUUCACUUGAUAACAUAGCAGCAUAACACAGUGCAGCAACAGGGUCAUGGUAUGUCAAACCAAUGCACUGUUAAUUUUCUUAUUUAUACAAAGUGUAUUUAUAUAAUCGUGCAUAUUCUGUGAGGCUUCUUGUAGUUUCUACAAUUUGUACAAUUUCUUUCAGAAACGUUGCAAUGAUCAGAAUACA